AUCGGCGCAGCCACCAACACGGUCAUUUCCACAGCUCCCUGAAGAUCAGGCACCUGUUACUCGAUCAAAGCACAUGGACCACAUCUUACAGUGGCAUAGGUGACAAGCGGGCAUGACAACUUCAAGAUGCCACUAAACUCCUACCAAGUUGCAGAGUUUGAUUCCACGAGGCCAUCGAAGAAGACAAAGACUAUCACACCACUCAGCAGCGAGCGACAUAGCCAACAACAUCCUCAGAUCCGAUCUCACCGUCAAGAAAAGAAAAGAAAAGAGCGCAGACGACUAACCCGGCCUACUAGAACACCAUCAUGAAUCUUGGGGAAGCGGAGUCUGAUGCAGAGCCCCCUACCCGAGGCAGAACGGAAUAGGGUCAUUGCCAAUAUUUAUCACGUCUAUCCUAUUGAUCCGGGGGAAUUCCCAAAACCCACCGAGCCGACAGCGGUAGGGACACAGGGAGAAGAAGCAGCAGAAGAGAAGCAGAAGGAGGAGGAGAAGGGGCGGGGGAAAAACCGGAAGGUAAAGAAGUAGAAGGAAGAAAGCAAAACCGAAGACAACACAGGAGGCAGAUAUACAACCAUUGCUGUCUUCCACAUCAUCUCCCUGGGCGUCAGUACCAAGCCUCCUCAACAUAGCACCCGUGGAAGAAUUUUUGACGUCAAGUUCAGCAGAAACCGAAUGGCAUACACCAUAGUCCCAUUGAAGGAGAAUUUGGCCCCUCGGCGCGAGUCCUGGACGAGGUAGCAUCGCGUUCGCUGGGAGACAAACAAAUUCAGAAUGGCGACUACGUGAUGAUCCGGCUCCAGCCUACAUGCAGGCCUUACUUUCGUCACUUCAUACGAUUCCUCUUACGAUUCCUCUUCAAUCUCUUCGACUUCCUCCUCGUGUUCUCGAGCCACAUGCCUCGCCGAAAGAAGUUGACCACCAUCAACCUGACUUCCGGGGGUUCAUACUCCAGUUACAUUCUCGAUGACGUCUGCACAAUUGAGGUCUCGCUCGCAAAUAUGAGGAGGCCUUGUCGGAGACCCGUCCCACGACGUUAUAUGCAUCAAAGACUAUCUGCCAUAUCAUUCGUAUUCAGCGCCUCUUCGAGGAGUCCGUGCUAUGACCUGAUAGGACCGAACGUCUGUUGACUCUGCAAAGAUACUGUGGCAAGGUCGGUCUUGAUCCAAGACUGACUCUGCGCGAAUGUGCCACGGCUCGGAUGGAGAAGCUUCCUGCAUUGGUUGCUCCAGACCUUCACCAUCAAGAAAACCAGCACGGUGACGACCUACUGGCGGCAGUUGAGUCAGCUGUACAUCAUGUGGACACAGCGUCGUAUGGACCCGGCCGUGAUGAGACAAAUCUUCGUGUUUAUUGAAGGGCCAUUGACGGAAGAAUAUGGCAUGGACAAUGAGGAGAUCGAGAAGCUCCUCAUGGAGGCGGACGAUUUCGUCGAGCUCAUUCGUUACCACUGGGCCUCGGAUAUCAACGGGUUUCCCAAUGAACGACAACGUCGUCUCCAGUUGGCGGCGAUUCUGUUGCUGGCAGCUUUCACCGGGUCUCGACCUCAAGCCUUAUUGGACUUGACGUACGGCGAUCUGGACCUCUAUAUCGAGAAGAACACCGAGACUCACGCCGACAUGCUCCGACUAGGGGUGAAAUUGACAAAGACGAAGUCCCGACAGAAGCGGAAACGACCGAAGACGUACACCUUCAAUCUAGACGAUAACCCAAUCUUCUGCGUCAUCACCCACGUUGUCAGCUUGGCUUUCGAUGACUCGGCUUUCGGGCCCCCUGAUCUUAAGUCACCCGACAUUCUGUUCCGUCUGCGGGCGCGGCGGGAAAAGGGUUGUCAGCCAAUUCCGUGGCGAAACAAUAUGCUUGACGUGCCCGUCUUUCGCCGUGCUGUCGCCACCAAGGAAGGCGUCAAGACAUCGCCAGAUAAAGCUCUAACCUACAACGUUUAUCAGGCCUGGGUUAAGCGUCUAGGCGAGGCGUUGGGCUACCUACAGACGCUGACCACGUAUUGCCUCCGCCGAGCCCUCGGCAACGCCAUCAAUGAUGAUCCCAAAUCUAACGCGGCCGUCCGUAACCUUGCCCUCGAUCAUGUUGGGUCUUCAACUAUCUUCGAACGGAAUUACCUGUCUCGUAUGAUUCGUUACAGUACGCAGGACGCAUUCUGGAACCGGGACGGCGAUCCGCAGGCGGCCAAAUCGGCCAGUCGCAUCGGAUGUCUUCGCGAUCCCAACCGGCCGAGGAAGCUGACCGACGAACAGAGCCAGCAGGUUCGACAGUUGCCAUCUGUCCGUCGGCUUCUAGAGUCGCGAGAUCGGGUUCGCGGCCUCAUUCUUCGUGAAUUCGGAGUGCUUCGCAUGGCAGUAGGAGAGCCAAUCCAUGCGGAGUAUAAGAAGUUGGAACGUAUGGUUAACAGCACGAUUCGAGCCGAGGAGCGAGCUCUAUUGAAAUGCAGUCAGCGGCAGUACGACGAAACGGCUCCUGUUGAGGCGAUCCAGCGGCAGAUCAGAGGAAUUUCAGCCGAGGCACAAGAGCUGGCUCUAGAGUCGGACUCGACACAGAUCAAGAUUCCCGAACGACGGCAGAUUGCGGAAGCGGCCAUGAGCGACCCGGCGGUAUUCACCGGUCUCAAGGCUCUAUCUCGACACAUAAAAUGUUCCUCAACGAUGAUCGCGCUGUGUCAACGACGGGAGCGACGAUCGACGAGAGAAAUAUCUUCAGCUACAAAGACCGGAUUGGCGGCUGGCGUACAUGAUACUCAUAGUCUACCGCCUUCAUCGACCUUCGAGCGUAUAUUCCCGUUAACCUGUCAGAAACAUCAGUGUCUCUUCUGCCUGUGCAGUGAUCUCCCCCAAGAAGAUCGGGAGAAACGGUAUGCCGGUAAGCACUCCCUUCAGAGACAUGCGGAACGCUGUCGUCUACGGCACUUUCAAGAGCAAGAGCAAAUUCCUUGCCCCGAUAACGUGGCUUGCCGUGGAAUUGUUUUGGAAGGAAAAUCGCAUUUCAAGAACCAUGCCGCUUCCGUACAUCAUUUCAUCUUGUGAUCUAUAUUUGGCCACAACCGAACAUGCUAUAAUAUGCUGCCGGAGAGAAUGCUUGUUCCGUCCGAUGUCAGUCAAUCCGAUCUAGCCUGAAAUCUCAGAUCUCUUUCACCAUAAAUAA